UUCAUUUCUCCUCUAUGCCUCUCGCGUGGCCGUACGCUCUGGAAACAUGGGUUUGAUCACAGGAGUGUGUACGUUCUUGUACCAUUUACCUCAGAUUUACAGAUGGCUGCUGAAGCCCUACUACAUCGCCUCGUUUCUCAUGACCAUCGCCUUCCUGGUGGUCCGAAAGGCCCCCGGAUUGUGCGAGCACCUGGCUUCUGACCGGGAGGACGGAAACUCCUGCGACUUUGACUGGAGAGAGCUGGAGAUACUCAUGUUUCUCAGUGCUAUUGUAAUGAUGAAGAACAGGAGAGCCAUCACUCUGGAGCAGCACAUAGGGAACUUGUUCAUGUUCAGUAAAGUGGCCAACGUCAUCCUCUUCUUCAGGCUGGACAUCCGGCUCGGCAUCCUCUACCUCACUCUGUGUGUAGUGUUCGUCAUGACCUGUAAGCCUCCUAUUUAUAUGGGCCCAGAAUACAUCAAGUACUUCAGUGACAAGACCAUCGAUGAAGAGCUGCAGAGAGACACUCGCAUCACCUGGAUUGUGGAGUUUUACGCCAACUGGUCCUCUGACUGCCAGUCCUUUGCUCCAGUCUUCGCUGAUCUUUCUCUCAAGUACAACUGUGCAGGACUCAGGUUUGGGAAGGUGGACAUCGGCCGAUACGGAGAGGUUUCACAGAAGUACAAGGUUAGCACGUCUCCUCUGGCCAAGCAGCUGCCUUCACUGCUGCUUUUUCAAGGAGGGCGAGAGCUGAUGAGACGUCCAAUGGUGGACAAGAAAGGACGAGCAGUGUCCUGGACAUUCAAUGAGGAAAACAUUAUCAGAGAGUUUAACCUCAACGAGCUUUUCCACAAAUCUAAGAAGCUGAACAAGAGUCUUGGAUUCAAAGAGAACGAUUUUCAAGGAGUGGAGGACAACGAAGGGCUUUAUCAGACCGACGAGGCAGAUCAGCCAAAAGAGAGCAAAAAGGAUCAGUGAAGGGGACGCGCUGUACUUCUGUUAUUUAUGCUCUUUUCUUUCUAAUGCAGAUUGUUUAGAAACAAAUGAGCAGGUUUCAUCCGUAUCCCAGUCUCUGCAUGAACUAAGCCUGAUGGAAUCUGGUGGGAAUCCUGGGGGAAAGAACAGAUUUGAGAACAUUUAAACAUAAUAUUUAAGAUCAAACACAGCCUUAUCUCCGCAUGUGAACUUUUGCAACCCGUUUACGUAUGCGUUGAGUUUCCAAACCAAAGCAAGAAGCUGAAGUGAAACCAGAAAUGUCCACAGACCAGACGUGUGUCAUACCCACGUUUUCAACAGUUUGACCUUUUAUUCUGAGAAGACAUCUUAAAAAUUCUUUGUAAGGCCAUUUUGGAAAUGCAUUUGAUGUAAUUGUUACAGGUGAGAUUUGUUCCAUCCAUCCAACCACAGAUAUUUAUUCUCACAUAGGUUUCUGACUGUUCAGAGGCCGCCAUCUUUGGCCAGAGCAGGAAUAAAACAUGUUCAGAGUGUGUGACAGAUGCUUGUGUGCCUUUUUUUUUGCCACCUGCACAUGAACUGGGUGUGUACUGAUGGUGAUCACAAGCAUGCACGCCAGUGAAGCAGUCAGCAGAACAAAACAAAAACUCACAUGCACACCAAAAAACUCGCAAAACAAUUUUUUUUUAAACAAGUACAGUUUAAAGCAUCUGCCUGCCCCAAAAUAUACGCCACAUUCACACAGCUUGGAUUUUCUCCUGCAAACACGACUGUGGCCUUCUACUAAAGUAAAAUAAAUACACACCAAAUAGGUCCUUUCUCAACAUUGCAGUGGGUAAAAACAAGCUAAACAUGGGCCAAUCAGUCCUAAAGGUUUAAUCUGCUUCACUUUUAUCUUAAACAUAACAAAACUGGCUUCAGUAUGAAUGUUCUCAAGGCAAAUUCCAACCAGCACAACCAGCAAAGCUGUUUACAGUCUUAUUCAGUGGCGUCACUCUUUUAAACACUUCUUACAAAAUAUAUAUCCAGGCUUAUUUUCCUUGAUUUUCAUUUACAUCCAGAACAAUAGGAUUUGUUUAUAUAUAUAUAUAUAUUCAUUUUGUCUUGUGAAAUAAAUAAGCCCCUUCCCUCACAGCCUCCUAUUUGGCUAAACACCUGUUUAAAGUGUGUGGUUGCUAAAUUUUUACUGAUAAAUUACAGAAAAGAGUAAAAAAAAAAAAAAAAAAAAGAGAAAGAAA